AUGAGGUCGGCGGGUUUGGGGCCGUUUUCGGCCUCCAGGGGCCCUCGCUGGGCCCAGAGACCGUCAAAAAACGAUUCGGGAUGCAAAGCCGGUCCCAGAGAAAGGGUCCGGACUUCCGAGGGGCCCCGUAUUGGAAAAUUCCGGACGUCGCAUGCGUGGGCAUGUUUCCCCCUGAGCAAGGCCCCGGACCCCUUGUCGCGUGGCAUGCCCCUCAGGCAGCCGAAGAAGUCCCUCGGCCAGAACUACCUCACGGACCCGAACACCAUUCGACUACACAUCGUGGCGGAGUUCCUCGACGCGGCCGCCGCCAAGGGCACCCCCGCGGCGGCGGUGCUGGAGCUCGCUCCUGGGCUCGGCGCGCUCACGCGGCCCCUUUGGGAGCGACUGCCCGGCAUGCGGGCGGUCGAGCUGGACGACAGGGCCGUGGAGGUGCUGCGGCGGGACCUGCCCGGGCUUGAGGUCAUCCAUGCCGACAUGCUGACGUUAGAUUUGGCGGCCAUGUCCGCGCAGUGUGGUGCCUCGCUGCACGUCGUGGGCAACCUGCCCUACAACAUCGUGUCGGACGUGCUCGUGAUGCUCGCCUCGAGCUCCGGGUCCGUCCGCUCUGCCCAGGUGAUGGUGCAGAAGGAGGUGGCCGACCGCGUCCUGGCCCAGCCAGGGAGCCCCUCCUAUGGGUGGCUCGCUCCGGUGGUGCAGCUCUACACGCGCCCCAGGCUUUGCUUCCAGGUGCCGCCCACGGCCUUCUACCCGAGGCCGAAGGUGACGUCGGCAAUCCUGGAGCUGGACUUCAAGGAGCCCGCGGAGCUCCCCGCCGUUGACUUCGCGCGGGUGCACGAGCUGAUCAGAGCGGCCUUCCAGGGCCGCGGCAAGAAGCUCAAGGGGAGCCUGAGGGCGCUGAUGGCCACCUCGCGAGCCGCGCUCCCAAGAGAGUGGGAGAACCGGCGAGCGGUCGGCGCCCGCCCUGCGGUCAACCGCACCAGGUCGGCGCCCGCCCUGCGGUCAACCGGGUGGAGUUCCACCUCGGCUACCUGUAACGACACCCUCCUGGCCGCAUCCCAGGCGCUGGGCGUGACCCUCUCAGCCUGGGGCUCCCUGUCGGGCCCCACCACGGGCCGCAAUCCAGGGGCAUCCCUGAGCGACCCGCGCUUGCAGAGCAUCGCGAAGCGCUGCAGCGUCUCCACGGCGAAGCUGGCGCUACGCUGGCUGGCAUCCGAGGGCGUCCUGCCGGUCACAACCACGUGCAGCCGCCAGCACGCGGUGGACGACCUCGCGAACGCGUCUUUCGAGCUGUCUGCGGAG